UGGCAGAGGAAGUGUGCGCAGGUCGGAGUAUUUCCGAGGGCUGGGGCUGAUUCCACUGCAGUACGUCCUCACCGCGAUCCGCGCCCGCAAUCGCAUUCUUUUCCACGCUUGUCCCUGCCACCGUCGCUCUCGAAGCAGAGACAUAUCCUCCGAGUUGCCAGGCAGCUUCUGUUGGGUCAGCAGCGUGAGGGGGAUAGAUCCUGCGUGGCGCCCGCGCCUCCCGGGCCGUUGUACUCCCGCCCGGCCCGCCGGCCGAGCUCCUGCCCGUGUCCCCCGGCUGGUCCGGGGGGUCUGGGCACCACCUCCACGACGGCUUUGCUGGACCUGCGGCCUGGCCCUCAGCCCGACCCCCAAGCGGACGGCGUCAUGAAGCAUCUCCCGUAUUUCUGCCGCGGCCAAGUGGUGAGGGGUUUUGGCCGUGGCUCCAAGCAACUGGGUAUCCCCACAGCUAACUUUCCUGAACAAGUAGUAGACAGUCUUCCAGCCGACAUAUCCACUGGCAUUUAUUAUGGAUGGGCCAGUGUUGGAAGUGGAGAUGUCCAUAAGAUGGUGGUGAGCAUAGGAUGGAACCCAUACUACAAAAACACAAAAAAGUCCAUGGAAACUCAUAUCAUACAUACCUUCAAAGAGGACUUCUAUGGGGAAAUCCUCAAUGUUGCCAUUGUUGGCUACCUCAGACCAGAAAAGAACUUUGAUUCUCUAGAGUCACUUAUUUCAGCAAUUCAUGGUGAUAUUGAGGAAGCUAAGAAACGGCUAGAUUUACCAGAACAUUUGAAACUCAAAGAAGACAAUUUUUUCCAGGUUCCUAAAAGCAAAAUAAUGAAUGGCCACUGAGGACAAGUCAUCUUCCUACUCAUUCAUUGUUUUCCAGGGUUUUACUGCUCAUAACUUCAGUCUCAUCUUGGUUAAAAAUCAAACAUUUUCCUACAGCUGUGAAUUAGUUUAAACAGUACAAUGUAAUUAUCGUUAUGCUCUAAGUGUUCAAUUAAACCCAUCAUGUUAUAGUACUAAAAAGAUUCAUUUUAAAAAUCAAGAUUCUUUUUAUGUAAUGUGUUGAUUAAAGUUACCACUAGAAAGGUCUUAAGUGUCUUAUAAGGGAAAUGAAAUAUAUAUAUAGCUGUGGGUAAAGAGGCAGGUCACUAGUCUGAAACGAAUACUAGUUCUCAUGGUAAAAUACUAGCAUGUAUGUGCUUGUGUAACAUGUGCUGCUAACCAGACGGCUUAUGAAAGUAAAUGUGAUAAACAGAGAUUUGAUAGUUUAUUAUAAACCUAAGGGGGGAAAUUCAUACUUUGUAAUUUUGAUAUUUUGGGCAUUAAUAUAUUACUACGAACAUGAAGACUUGUAAAAUUUUAAUGAGUCAUUUUCUUUAUGAGGUCAAAUUGUAUUGUGUGUGUGUUUUAUUUUUUUACAGCUGCCUUAGUUCUAAUUGGUCUAGACUCCUUCUGCCAAUCAAUUUUUUCUUUUGGUUUGUCUUCUAAAACAUCAAAAUAAGUGUUUUUUAAAUUUGUAGUUUUAUUUUUGUUAUAUAGCACUUUUCUGUUUUUAAGAGGAAACGCUCACCUUUUUUUGUGACUUUUUUCCUUUAGAUAAUUGCCAUGUCAAUUUUUUUUCCAUUCAGAAUAUCCUGUGGCUUACAAAGGAUUGCAUCUAUCUCUAUCUACCAUUCCAUCCCUACAUGAUAUGAAAAAACCCUGAAAGCUUCAUCUUUAGGUUUCAGCAAAGCUUAAAUGAACAUAUAGCAGUUCACUUUUCUCUACCAGGUUCUUAAAGAACAAAAAAUACUUGUUCCCCCCCACCCCAGGGAAAGCGUUUUAAGAGCCCGUUAAACUAUGGAAUAGAAAGUUAUUUAUUUUUAGCAUGAGCAAACAAACUGUUGUAGGUGUGCAUGCACAAUAUAAUUUAAUGCUAAGAGUGCUUGUAGCUUGGGAGAAAAGUAUAAAUAAUACAGUUGUAGUUAAUUCUCAUGCUAUGCAUUUUUUCUUCCUAAAAACGACGUGGUUUUUGCUCACUGGAGACUUUUGUUUAUAUUGGCAGGAAGUUGACAUCUUUGGAUACUUAGGAAAUUAAGAUUACAGGUUCUUUGGGCCCCUGAAACAGUACAUUGUAUUAUUCACUUUGGUGCCAGACUUGGUUGGGGGAUGGAGACAGGUGUAUAAAAGGUAAUUUUGUUUUUUUGGUCAGUCUGUUCCAUGUAUCCACGUUUCUGUUUCCUUUUUUUAAUUUUAUUUUUCUCCAUUACCAUUUAGUCCCUUAUAGCCCCCUCCCCCACUGUAGUCCCCACACUAUGGUCCAUGUCCAUGAGUCCUUCUUCCUGUUUGCUCGGUCGCUCCGCCCACUAACCACCCCUCCCACACUAUCCGUCAUCUACUCUUUAUCUCACUAACCUCCCCUCCUACACUAUUGGUCAUCUGCUCUUUAUCUGUAUGUCUCUGUUUUGCUUGUUAGUUCAGUGUGUUCAUUAGAGUCCACAUGUGUGGGGCACCUUUGCUCGCAAAGUCCCCUCAUCUACCACGGAAGAAAGUGAAGCUACCAAGACAUGAUCUGCUUGGGGAGGAGAGGUGGUCAAUCCUUCAGAGGAGAAAAACGAAGAGCCCCUUCCUCAAUGGCUUUUAUUGGGUUGUAAUACAUAGGAAUACAGGUGGUAAGGGUCAAACAGUAGAUAACAUUUCAAAGAGAUCCGAGGGCUUAGUCUGAGUCAGUGUCUGUCAGGUAAGGGGGUUGCAAAAACUUUGGGAGACAUACUCAUUUCCUGCUCAGACCCUUAUCAUGUGAAUGAAAGCACUCUUAGCAAAGCAGGCUCACAGGACUUUAGGAACUCUUUCUUAUGCCUGAUCACCCCAAAUCCCACCCUAGCCAGCAAGGGGCUGCACCGCCUCCCCCAUCAUGGGUUUUUAGGCUUAAGUGAAUUAGAGCCAGGAAGCGCUUCUCACAGACAGAAAUGGGGACUCAGGCUAUGUCAGAAUAGCUGGGGGACGAGGGUCUAUCACUCCUUUGCUGCACCCUCCCCCCAGUCCUUCCAUGAUGGCCUCCCAAGUGAUCAUGUCUGGCUUAGGUUGCCCCCACUCUGAGGGGUCUUACCCAUCAUUGACUAACCAAGUGUUUGGGGGGCAGGGGAGGAAGUAGAAGCAGUGCUUGCUGCCAGAGAUAAGCUUUGUCUCUUUAGUGGCUCAAAUUCUGGAGGUCGCUCAGCCUUAGCCAUGGGGGGCAGUUACAACUCCUGAAACCAGGCAGAGUGGUUCCCAACACACAUGAGUGAAUUGUAGGGUAUUUGUCUUUCUCUGACUGGCUUAUUUCAUUUAACAUAAUGUUCUUCAGGUCCAUCCAUACAGUCCCGAAGGGCAAUUUACUAGAAGACAGUUUUAAAGAUAAUGGAAGUAACUUUUCACUAAUCUGCACAGAUGGAGCACUGCUUUUAACCAAAAUAUAAGGUAUUUAGGAUAACAAAGUUGAUGUUGGGGAAAGAGAAACGUGGAUACAUUCAGUGGGAUUGUUUCACUUUUUGAUGUAUGGAUUCAUGGCAAAUAAUGUAUCUUCAUUUCUUCUCUGUGAAAAUACUUACAAAAUGUAGUUUAAUGUUAGAAAUCCUAAACUUGAAGGAGGAAGCCUCAGUUAUCGGUGGCUUUGUGAAGCAAGGGUUAAAACAAAUGUGCUUGUUUGGAUAGAUUGCUGCUAGUUGUGUCCUCAGUAAGUGUGAAAGUUUUUUGAUAUUAUGUUUUGUGAAAUUGCCAUCACUUUUGAAAAUCAUAUAUUGUGUGCGUUAGCAGGUAAUACCACCUAGUGUUUUUUUUUUUUCAUUUUAGUUUAAAUACUGAUGUAUCAUAAGAAAUUGCAGUAGUGUACCAUUUUCGAUUGGUCUAAAUGAUUUCACGCUUUGAAAUAAAUCUUGACUAACUGAUGUCAUAA